AUGUCUGACAACAAGUUCAGUCUUGCUAUCGCUGGCGCAGGCAUAGGCGGCCUUGUCUUUGCACUGUCGCUCCAGAAAUUCUGCCCUAAUAUUGAAGUCAAUAUAUACGAGGCAGCAACGCGUUUUGGGGAAGUCGGUGCUGGCAUUGCCGUUUGGCCCCGAACAUGGGAACUACUACAGAAGCUUGAGCUCGACUCCGACAUUUUGGCCGUUUCGAACACUAAUGGCAAGGACCGUGCUACUGGUUUCACUUUUCGCAAGAGCGACCAGCCCGAAGGCAUGCCUUUCCCUUCGAACGCUCCUCGAGUCGCAUUCAGAUCGUUACACAGAGCAGAUUUUCUUGAUGUUCUCAGUCGGAACCUGCCACAAGGGCACAAGUUCCAUUUUUCCAAGAGGCUUGCCACAUACAGCAAGCUACCAUCUGGAAAAAUCACACUACAAUUUGCAGACGGCUCCGAAGCUCAAUGUGAUGUCCUUGUCGGCUGCGAUGGAAUAAAGUCCGCUGUUCGCACAACUAUGUAUCGCUUGUUGGCAGAACGCGAAAAGUCAGCUGGAAAUGAUACGAAGGCCGCCGACCUUGCCCGACAGUCAGAGCCACGGUGGAGUGGAACGGUAAUAUAUCGCUCGCUGGUGUAUCGAGAUGAGCUAGAGAGGCUAUUUCCUGGCCAUCCAGCGCUUUCUCAGACUAUGAUGUGUUUUGGUCGAGACAAGCAUAUUGUUGCAUAUGGCAUUUCAUCAGGACAGAAGAUCAAUUUCGGCGGCUAUGUUUCUAAGCCGGACUUGGAGGGUACCGUAUAUGGUGCUCAGUGGGUUCAUGACUCGUCCAAGGAGGAGGUUGUGGCGGAAUACCGCAACUUUGAACCUAUGAUCCAAGCCCUCCUAAGCUGCCUUGGCGAUGUUUCACUAUGGGCUGUGCACUCAUUACCCACAUUGUCUACAUUUGUUGACGAUCGGGUCGCGUUGAUUGGCGAUGCUGCUCAUGCUAUGAUGCCUUAUCAAGGGUCUGGCGCUGGACAAGCAUUCGAGGACGGAUUCAUUUUGGCUGCUCUGCUCGGUCAUCCGGGGACGACGCUCGAGAAUGUGGAUCAAGUGCUCAAGGUUUAUGACGAGAUUCGACGCCCAUUCUCGCAGGAGAUUGUUGAAAAAUCAAGAGGGAAUGGCCUAAAAUAUGACUUGAGAAGCCCAGGCUUAGAAUGGAUGACAGAAGAGAAAAGUGUCACGUCGCCACUCACGCCUGCUCAACUAGAGGAGCUCGGUGAUUCUAUCGAAGACGCCUUCACGUGGGUCAAAACUACCAGCGUCAUGGACGAUCUCGACAAGGGCAUCAAGCGGUUAGAGGAGGUGCUGCAGUUAUCGAAAUAA